AAAUUCACAGUCACAGAGUCACAUAGAGUGGUUUAUUCAUCGAUACAACAAUGGCUUCCUCACUCACUAGGAAUUGCUCUCGCUUCUCCAAAGCCAUCUCUGUCCGGUUAAUGAGUAACCUACCGGAAAACACCGUCUACGGAGGACCAAAGCCGCAAAACCCAAACCAAAGAGUGACGCUAACGCAUCUCAGACAAAAACACCGGAAAGGAGAGCCGAUCACCGUCGUAACUGCCUACGAUUACCCAUCCGCCGUUCAUUUAGACACAGCUGGUAUUGAUGUUUGUCUUGUUGGAGACUCAGCUUCCAUGGUUGUUCAUGGUCACGACACAACACUUCCUAUCUCCUUAGACGAGAUGCUUGUCCAUUGUCGCGCCGUUGCUCGAGGCGCUAAACGGCCUCUCCUAGUUGGUGACUUGCCAUUUGGUACCUACGAGUCAAGCUCUAGUCAGGCGGUUGAUACUGCAGUUAGGGUUUUGAAGGAAGGAGGAAUGGAUGCUAUUAAGCUCGAAGGAGGAUCAGCUUCUAGGAUCACUGCUGCAAAAGCCAUAGUUGAAGCAGGAAUUGCAGUUAUCGGUCAUGUGGGUCUAACUCCUCAGGCGAUCAGCGUUCUUGGUGGUUUCAGACCCCAAGGCAGAAACAUAGCUAGUGCUGUUAAAGUUGUUGAGACUGCAAUGGCUUUACAAGAAGCUGGAUGUUUUUCGGUUGUUUUGGAAUGCGUUCCACCUCCCGUGGCUGCUGCUGCAACCUCUGCCCUCAAGAUACCAACCAUUGGCAUUGGGGCUGGACCUUUCUGCAGUGGACAGGUGCUAGUUUACCAUGAUCUUCUUGGUAUGAUGCAACAUCCACAUCAUGCCAAGGUUACUCCAAAGUUUUGCAAGCAGUACGCUAAUGUAGGAGAAGUGAUUAACAAAGCCUUAAUGGAAUACAAAGAAGAAGUCUCUAAAAAAGUGUUUCCAGGUCCUUCUCACAGUCCUUACAAGAUCACAGCAAGCGAGCUCGAUGGGUUCUUAACCGAGUUGCAGAAGCUUGGCUUUGACAAGGCCGCUUCUGCAGCAGCUUCAGCAGCUGAGAACAUGGAGCCUUCAAAGCGAGACCAUGAUGCCCUUAAAAUGGUGGAGAAACUGAAACGAGCAGGAUUGUCUUUUGACUUGCUGGCUUAUAACAUGCUCAGUGGAUUGUUUAGUGAUAAGAACAAGGCAGAUGAAGUUUAUGAGUUGUUAAGUGAUAUGGAGGUAGCAGGAUUGAUGCCUGAUUCCAUCACUUACAAGUUACAACACUAUCAUGUCCAUUGAACCAAAUCACAUCACUAUAGAAAAUCUAAUGAAGCUGCUCCCUGAAGUUGGUGAAUCGAAAAAGCUGAAGAAGUUCAUGCAAGGUUUCUCUGUUGCUUCUCCAACCGAGAAGGAUGGACCUUUGUUUUAAGCCGAGCUAAUGAGACAGUGAUAGUAUGUUUAUAUGUGUCAUCUUCAAUAGAUUCAUUACAGAUCU